AUAAAUAAAUAAUAAACCCUUAAACCAAAAAAUCUCCAUAGAAAACUAUAAAUUACAUCAAUAAUAAUUUUCGUAUAGGUAUGCGCAUUAUUUUAUUGUUUUUUCCCACCUGUCAUCUGUCAUAAUGACAGUGUCAUUACAAUCCUAACCUCACUUUCUAAGUGACAUUGCAUCUAAAUCUACAUCCAAAAAGAAUUUAACAAGCAAAAACACAAUAAUGCUGCGGGAUGUGUCAAUGUCAACAAUCUACCUACUAGUUACUUCAAUAAUCUACUUUCUCUGUACUAAAAUAGUAUUUGAUAACAUAUUUCUAACCUCCAAAGUCGUUGUGGAUGAGGAAUUUCAUUUGGCCAUAGGACAGGCCUAUUGCAAAUACGAAUAUGAUAAGUGGGAUCCUAAAAUAACCACUCUGCCAGGGUUGUAUUUAUUGAGUUCGUUUAUAUUAGGCCCAUUGAAAAAGUGUUCCAUAUACUAUUUAAGGUCGAUAAAUAUAGGAGCUUCAGUGCUUAAUUUUUAUUUAUUCUACUUUCUGUUAAAGAAAUAUAAUAAUGAGCCUGCAUGGAAAAAUAUAUUUUCUGCCAUUAAUAUUGCACUUUUGCCGCCCCUAUAUUUUUUCACACACAUUUAUUACACUGAUGUGUUAUCUGUUACAUUUAUUUUGUUAAUGUUAUUAUUCCAUGAAAAGAAAAAUAAUUAUGUUGCUUCAAUAUUUGGUUUUUGUUCUGUUAUUAUGAGGCAAACAAAUAUAAUAUGGGUGAUCAUGAUUAUGGGCAGGCUAGUUUUAAAUGAAAUUUAUGAAUGUUCAAUCAAAAAUGAAAAUAUUAGCUUGAUUAAUUUUACAAAGAAUUUUACAUCAAUAAAAGAUACCUGUAUGGGAAUAGUAGGCAAUUUCUUUAAAAAAUCAACACUGAAAUUUUGGUUGGGACUAUUUUCUUAUAUAAGUAUUUUAAUUUCUUUUGUGGUAUUUGUUGUUUUAAACGGAAGUAUAGUGGUAGGGGAUAAGUCUGCGCAUAAAGCCACAAUACACGCUCCCCAAUUGUUUUAUUUUGCUCUGUUUAGCGGUUUUUUCGGAUGGCCAAUAUUCGCGACAGAGAUUUUUAACUUUAUAAAAUUCGCGCAAAAAUAUUUGUCCACCAUUAUUACCACUCUAGUUUUGUGUGUUUUAAUUGUGCAUCACAAUACGUUGGUCCAUCCUUACAUGCUUGCUGAUAACAGGCAUUACAUAUUUUAUAUAUGGCAUAGGUUUUAUGCCAAGUACGAGUCAUUCCGUUACCUAAUAGUUAUAGUUUAUAUUUUUGCUAUUUAUGUUGUUAUGAAGAAAUUAUGGUACAAAAAUGACGUAACUUAUGCAUUUCCGUACACUUUUUGCGUAAUUGUAGUGUUGAUUAUGCAGAAAUUAAUCGAAUUUCGCUACUUUUUGGUUCCUUACAUACUAUUCAGACUGAAGUUAAAAAAUGUCACACAAGAAAGUAUUACUUUAGAGUUUUUAAGCCAUGUACUCGUUAAUAUUUUAACGUUUUAUACCUUCUUUAGCAAGGAAUUAACCUGGAGCAAUUAUGAUUACCCUCAAAGAAUAAUGUGGUAAAAGGGUUUAUACGUACUUAAUUAUUUUGUGAUAAAUAUUUUUAAAUGUUUAAUUGUUAAAUGUAAAUACAAAAUAUAAGACUGUAAACACAUUGCAUUAUUGUUAGAUAUGUGUGAAAAA